UCGUUUCACCCACAGAAUGCCAUAUUGAGCCAAGACUUAAUGUGCCUACACCAUCGUCGAUGUCCGGAGGCAACUGGGUUCUGCUGCAUUCAAGCAUUGGCAUCUCAGCCAUGCACAUGCAGCUCCUCCGCAACGACAAGGUCAUCAUGUUCGACCGUACCGAUUUCGGUCCCUCUAACCUUUCUCUCCCCUCCGGUCACUGCCGUGUCGACCCCAACGAUUUCGCCCUCACCACCGACUGUACUGCUCAUUCCAUACUUUACGACAUCUCAUCAAACACGUUCCGUCCUCUCAUGGUCCAAACUGAUACUUGGUGUUCAUCCGGCUCUGUUCUUCCCAACGGGACUCUCGUCCAGACUGGAGGUUACAACGAUGGGGAACGCGUCGUUCGCACUUUCUCUCCCUGCGCCGACGACGAUCUCUGCGACUGGACGGAGUUGCCGUACUAUCUCUCCGUACGACGUUGGUACUCUUCGAACCAGAUCCUCCCUGACGGACGCAUUAUUGUCGUAGGUGGUCGCAGGGAGUUUAAUUACGAGUUUUAUCCGAAAAACUCAGCUCCGGCGAAUUACGCUCUGCGUUUCUUGAAAGAAACUAGCGAUGAAAUUGAGAACAAUCUUUAUCCGUUCUUGCAUCUGUUACCUGAUGGUAACCUCUUCAUCUUCGCCAACACUCGCUCGAUCUUGCUUGAUUACGUCAAGAACCAGGUUCUGCGAGAGUUCCCUAAGAUCCCUGGCGGUGACAAGCGGAAUUAUCCUAGUACUGGGUCAUCGGUGUUGCUUCCGCUUCUUCUUACUGGGUUGAAACAGACGGAACUACCGGAGGCGGAAGUGAUGGUGUGCGGUGGUGCGCCACCCGGCGCGUUUUACCUAUCGCAGCAAGGGAUGUACGUUGGCGCAUCGAGAACCUGCGGUCGACUCAAGGUGACGGACCCGGACCCGGUUUGGAUCAUGGAAAAGAUGCCGAUGGGUCGAGUCAUGCCCGACAUGCUCCUCCUCCCUACGGGGGAAAUCUUCAUCCUCAAUGGCGCCGCCAACGGUACGGCCGGUUGGGAGAGUGCGACCAACCCCGUUCUGAACCCGGUUCUCUAUCAUCCUUACGAACCAGACUCGACUCGCCGGUUCACUAUCCUCGACUCCUCGUCGAUUCCUAGGUUGUACCACUCGGCCGCGGUGUUGAUACCCGAUGGGCGUAUUUUAGUGGGGGGCAGCAAUCCCCACAGGAAGUACAACUUCACCGGCGUACUUUACCCGACGGAGCUGAGCUUGGAGGCGUUCUCGCCGAAUUACCUGGCGCCAGAGUACUCGGAGCUCCGACCUCGGGUCGUAGCGGUGGAAACAAACGUUUCGUAUCGGGAGACGUUCACAGUGGCGUUUGAGCUAUCCGUGUACCGGCCGGAACACGGGAUAUCGGUGACAUUGUUAGCGCCGUCGUUUACGACGCAUUCGUUCGCGAUGAAUCAGAGACUGGUGGUGUUGAAUGUGGUCGGCCUUAUCCAAAAUUCCGCGUCAGCAUAUCAGGCCAGCGUGGAGGGGCCUACAAAUGCAUCUGUGGCACCACCCGGGUACUACAUGGUGUUUGUCGUCCACGUUGGCAUCCCAACCCACGGUGUAUGGGUCAAGAUAGGUCAAGAUUGAAGAUUAAUUAAUGGUCCAGAUCGAGUGAGCGAACGAGAG